AUGCCUGCCUCGGCUUUGCCCGCCGGAGUCAAACCACCAUUCCCGUUUUACACACCCUCUUUCGACCUCGCAGUGGUUGGAUCGGCUGUGUUUUCUGCUCUGACGGUCAUCCAUAUUAUGUUAUUAAUCAAGACGAGGGCUUGGAACUUGAAUCUCAUGCCCCAAGCGGCUCUGAUGCUCGGGCUGGGCAUGAUACUCCGACUCGUUGUCAUCACGAAUCCUGCCUUAGAAGCGCCGUUCAAUAUAUCAGCGUUUCUUCUCAUGCUCCCUGGAUCUCUCGUCGCUAUUCAAUUAAUCUCGACUUACACCCGCCUCAUAUGGUGGGUUACACCGCCAGAAAAUCGCAAUUUCAACACUCUUUGGCUGCCACCAUGGGCAACAUCGAUUAUCCUUGUUCUGCCAACUGGCGCCGGUGACACCCUUAGCGCUAUCGGGACGGGACGCUUCGGUUUCAAUGCUGGCACACGCAUCCUAGCUGUUGGUGCUGUCGUGCAGAUGCUCAUCUUUAUGACGUUUACAUUCCUGGUAGCGAGGUUCACAUUUAUUAGUCGGCGGUGGGGAAUCCAUCCAGACAAGCGUCAAUCUUCACGCGAGCUUGGAUUGAGUUUGACCGCAUCCGGCGUUUUCGUUUCUAUCCGCGGCAUCAUGCAAGUCCUCGAAAAGGAUGCUUUGCAAAGCCUCAUAACAACCCAUAGGCCCACCCCAACUAUAACGACCGAGGAAUGGCCCCUCUGGGUGUUCGACUUCCUUCCCCUAUUCGCGGUGCUGGCUAUUACGGCGUCGUACUACCCGGGGUCGUACUUCCCCAAACGACUCGUCGGGUUCCGAUUGAAUACCAAGGGUUUGUUGAAGGACGAGAUGGACAGGAAGACGGCAAGUCCUACUGCGGCAACGACUCUGAUAACGAUUAAUGGGCGGCCGGACAGUCAGCCGAUAGAUCUGGAGAAGGAGAUUGUUUCGACUUAUGCUGAGUAUAUGGAUUUGGAUCACCAUCCCGCGCUCAAGUACCCUAAUUAGGCGGUGUUAUUAUUGCUGGUUUUCGGUUUAUCGCAUUACAUGAGUUAUCGGUGUUUGUCAGCGCAGGGUGUCGAUGGCCAUGACCACAGGUUUAAUCAAAAAGUACAGAG